AUGGCGCGAUUGCGUCAAGCUGAAUCAGAAGAUGUACAAGCUGAACGAAAUGAACGAAGAAGAUUAGAACAAAGGCAAUCGCGUCGUCUUAUAGUUGGCAGAUGCAGAGCGAAUGAACAACAGCGCCAACAGGUGCAUCGAUUAUUUACAUCUAAUUCAUUCCUGCGUCUAGCAUUCGAGUGUGAGCACGAUAUUCAAUAUUAUGCUCAUUCAAAAGUGGUAAUUGGUGCUAUGGACAAGGAAUGUCCGCAUUGUCAUGCUCUUAAGUUUAAAACUGAGCCACCUGGAAUGUGUUGUUCGUCAGGAAAGGUGCAAUUACCUGCAAUUGAGACACCACCUGAACCAUUGAACGGUUUACUUAUCGGCACGGAUCCAGAUUCUAAUCUAUUCCUAAAGUCAAUUCGAACAUUUAAUUCAUGUUUUCAAAUGACAUCGUUCGGAGCAACAGAAAUAAUUAGAAAUAAUGCUAUCAAUGGUCAGCAAUUUAAUUCAACAUUCAAAAUCAAAGGCCAAAUUUAUCAUAAAGUGGGCUCAUUGCUGCCAAUGCCAAACGGAUCACCUAAAUUUUUACAAAUUUACUUUAUGGGCGGUGAGGAUGCACGUGUAGAUGCACGUUGUGGCUAUAAUAACCUCGAUUCAUUUUUUGCCAGACGCAUCGUCAGUGACCUGGAUUCCCUAUUGAAUGAGCACAAUGAAUUGUUGAAAAUAUUCAAAUCACACAUGCACAAAUUACAAAGUGAUAAUCACGCUAUUGUCAUCAAUCCGGAUAAAACACCUGCUGGAGAGCAUAUUCGUAGAUUUAAUGCACCUGUUCUUGACGAUGUCGCUGGAAUCAUGGUUGGCGAUCGUACAGCUAAACGAGAAAUAGUGAUUCGUAGAAGAAAUAAUAAUCUACAGUUCAUUGCUGAUACACACCGUUCAUAUGACGCUCUCCAAUAUCCGCUAAUGUUCUGGAAGGGACAAGAGGGGUAUUGCAUAAAUAUUAAACAACGAAAUCCCGCAACAGGCGCCGAAACGAACAAGAAUGUUAGUUCGAAGGACUAUUAUGCGUAUCGGUUGAUGAUUAGACGUGAUCAGGACAACGUUAUUCUACGAUGUCGUGAGCUUUGUCAACAAUUCAUGGUCGACAUGUAUGUAAAGAUAGAGAGCGAACGAUUACGAUACUUGCGAUUUAAUCAAGAAAAGCUGCGUGCGGAAGAAUACAUUCACCUGCGAGACGCUAUUGUCAACAACGCCGAUGCCGCUCAAAUCGGUAAUUCUGUCAUUCUACCAUCAUCAUACAUCGGCAGCCCACGUCAUAUGCAAGAAUACAUACAGGAUGCUCUGACUUACGUGCGCGAAUAUGGGCGGCCGUGUUUAUUUAUCACGUUCACAUGUAAUCCAAAAUGGCCGGAGAUUACAUCUUUACUAUUGCCUGGCCAAAAUGCAGUACAUCGUCAUGACAUUACAGCACGUGUGUUCAGACAAAAAUUGAAGUCUUUGAUAAAUUUCAUUACAAAACUACAUGUAUUCGGUCCCACACGUUGCUGGAUGUAUUCCGUUGAAUGGCAAAAGCGGGGAUUACCUCAUGCCCACAUUUUGGUUUGGUUAAUCGAUAAAAUACGACCUGAAGAAAUCGACAGUAUAAUUUCUGCGGAAAUUCCAGAUCCGUCUACUGAUCAAAUGCUGUUUGAUAUUGUUACAGCAAACAUGUUUCAUGGCCCAUGCGGCAAUCUGAAUCGUACAUCGCCUUGCAUGGUAGAUGGAAAAUGUACCAAAAGUUAUCCGAAAAAUUUCACGAACGAUACGAUCACAAAUGUUGACGGAUACCCCAUAUAUCGUCGAAGAAGUUCCGAUAAUGGCGGGCAAUCAUUUGUUAAAAAUAUAAACAGAGUAGAAAUUGACAUUGAUAACCGUUGGGUGGUCCCAUAUUCGCCUCUGCUGAGCAAAACAUUCAAUGCUCAUAUUAAUGUUGAGUUCUGCAGUUCAGUAAAGAGCAUCAAAUACAUUUGCAAGUAUGUCAAUAAAGGCAGCGAUAUGGCUGUAUUUCGAGUUGACAAUAUCAAUGCGAAUGCUCCUCCGGUGAAUACUAACGAUGAAAUAACGCUUUACCAAAUUGGUCGGUACGUCAGCUCCAAUGAAGCCGGUUGGCGUAUCUUUGGUUUCCCAAUUCAUGAACAGGAUCCAGCAGUUAUUCAUUUGUCCGUCCAUCUUGAAAACGGCCAGCGCGUAUAUUUCACGACCGAGACAGCGAUCGAUCGUGCUAUAAAUCCACCAAAAACAACACUCACUGAAUUUUUUGAAUUGUGCAAUCGUGCGGAUGUUUUUGGUGCGUUAGCACGGACAUUGCUGUAUUCAGAAAUACCACGCUAUUUCACAUGGGCUCCAACAAAAAAAUGGAUGCCCCGCAAGCAAGGCACGCCGAUUGAUGGAUAUCCCGGUUUAUUCAAAUCAAAUACCUUGGGGCGAGUAUUUACAGUCAAUCCAAGGCAGUCUGAGUGCUUUUAUCUUCGCCUGUUAUUUGUUAAUGUCAUCGGGCCAUUGUCAUUUCAAGAUAUACGGAAAGUGGAUGGACAACAGUAUCCGACGUAUAAAGAUGCAUGCCAUGCACUCGGCUUGCUGGAAGACGACAACCAGUGGGAAUGUAUGCUUGCUGAAGCGGGAUUGAACUGUGCAGCAAAACAAAUUCGUCUACUAUUCGCUAUAGUGUUGACUACAUGUUUCCCGACCCGAGCAGAGACAUUAUGGGACAAUCACAAAGAUUCAAUGACUGAUGAUAUAUUGCAUCAACAUCGUACACGGUGCAACGAUCUAACGAUAGUUUUCAGUGACGCUAUGUACAAUGAAGCAUUGAUUGCUAUUGAGGAUCUUUGCAUUACCAUUGCCAACCUACCACUCAGUCAUUUCGGUAUGCAUUCACCAAAUCGAAAUGCAUCUGAUUUAAUGAACACUGAAUUGAAUCGUGAACUACAAUACAAUACUGCAGAAAUGGCAGCGAUUGUUGCUCGCAAUGUCCCACUAAUGAAUGAAGAACAAAAAACAAUUUACGACCGCAUCAUGCUCGCAGUUUCGGCAGGACAAGGUGGUUUCUUUUUUUUGGAUGCACCAGGUGGAACUGGCAAAACAUUCCUUAUUUCGCUAAUUCUCGCCGAAAUACGAUCAAAUAAUGGCAUUGCAUUGGCUGUUGCAUCAUCUGGCAUUGCGGCAACUUUAUUGGAUGGAGGCAGAACAGCUCAUUCAGUAUUUAAACUGCCGCUAAAUAUUCAAAACAACCCAGACGCAGUGUGCAAUAUAAAAAAACAAUCUUCCAUGGCCACAGUGCUUAAACGUUGUAAAAUUAUCAUCUGGGAUGAAUGCACUAUGGCGCACAAACAUUCGCUUGAGGCGUUGAACAGGUCAUUGAAAGAUAUAAAAAACAACGACAAACUAUUCGGCGGCACUCUGUUACUCCUUUCAGAUCCAUCCGCUGAAACAUUUUCAAAACAACUGUUAGAUAUCGGCGAUGGAAAAGUUGCUAGAGAUGAAAGUGGAUGCAUAAAAUUACAGGCUAAUUUCUGCACAGUCAUUGAUUCGCAAGAUGUUCUCAUUGACCAGAUAUUUCCCGAUGUACGCAGACAAUACGCAAAUCAUGGGUGGCUGGCAGAGAGAGCAAUUUUAGCAGCAAAAAAUGUGGACGUCAACGAAUUGAAUCUUAAGAUUCAACAUUUGUUACCAGAAGAAUUGGUGUCAUACAAAUCUAUUGAUACAGUUUGCGAUGACACCGAAGCUGUAAAUUUUCCAACAGAGUUUUUAAACUCAUUGGAUUUACCAGGCAUGCCACCGCAUAAUUUACAACUAAAGAUGUGCCAAUACAAUUUAAACGCCUUCAAUUUCCAAUUAGAUUGGCAUUUGCAAUGA